CCACUGGAUUUUUGAAAUGAGUGGUAAUCUGAGCAUUUAUUUAAUUUAAGGGGUGGUAAUUUAAAAUAAAAAAUUAAACGAGUGGUUAGUUCAAAAAUGGUUACAUUUUGGGGUGGUAAUUUAAAAAUUAACCCAAAAAAUAAUACCCAAAUUUGCACAUAACAUUUAACGAAAGUAGUAUUAUUUUUGACAAUUUUUCCUUAUUUUUAUUAAAUUAAAUUGAAAUACAGUUCGAGCUAGGAGACCCUAAAAAGUCCUUGACUAGGAGACCCUAAAAAGUCCAAACCCCAGUACCCGUCAAACAUAACUUGGCUAAAGUCUUCCUUUUUGCAUUUUUUCUGUUGUCUUUCAUAGUCGGUCCUCUCUAUUCAGUGUUAACUCUGAUUUCGGGCAAGGCAAAGCACCAGUAUACUGCUUGAAGAGUAUAUUGGGAAAGAAGAGAAGUUUAAUUAGGACAAUUUAGUUGCAGAACGAAAGAAUGAGCCAAAAGAGACCACCCCCUGAUCCAAUUGCUGUGCUGAGAGGGCACCGUGCGUCGGUUAUGGAUGUUUGCUUCCAUUGGAGUAAACGCUUACUGUUUUCUGGUUCUUCGGAUGGUGAGUUAAGGAUAUGGGAUACAGCGCAGCAUCGGACGUUAAACUCUGCGUGGGUUCACAGUGCAGCUCAUGGGAUUAUGUGUGUUGCUUCCGAUCCUUCUAUUGGAGGUGACAAAGUUCUUAGUCAGGGAAGGGAUGGAACAAUAAAGUUGUGGGAUUUUGAAAAUGGAGGACUUUCCAGAACACCCUCGGUCACUAUCAGCACAAAUUCUUACCAUUUUUGCAAGCUAUCAUUGGUGGGAAAGCCCGCUGUGAAGUUGAAGCCUACCGAACCAUCCAUUAAGGAGAAGGAUGUGGAUUGUAGUGGGGAUAUGGAUGCAAACUUAUUGUGUGAUUCUACUAAGAAGACAGUAGAAAAUCAACCAGAACAUUCAGAUGAUAUGCAGAUUGAAGGACCAAAAUACGUUGCAGUUGCAGGAGAACAACCCUCUCAGGUUGAGAUUUGGGAUCUCAAUACUGCAGAAAGGUGUAUGAGACUUCCUCAAAGUUUUUCAAAUGGAGUUGGGAGUGAUUCCGAAAAAAAGAGAGGAAUGUGCAUGGCCGUUCAAGCGUUUAUACCAUCUAAAUUCCAAGGGUCCUUACAUGUCUUGGCUGGUUAUGAGGACGGGACUAUGGCAUGGUGGGAUAUGAGGAACACCUCAAAACCAUUGACUUCUGUAAAGUACUAUUCAGAACCAGUUAUUAGCUUGGCAGUUGAUCAAUCAUGCCAAGGAGGUGUUGCUGGCGCUGCAGAUGACAAGAUUCUUCUAUUUAAUUUAGAUUACGAUAUGGGUACUUGUGUGGUUAGGAAAGAAAUUAGCUUGGAGCGACCUGGAAUAGCAGGCACUUCAAUUCGUCCAGAUGGUAAAAUUGCUGCUACUGCUGGAUGGGACCGCAGAGUCAGGAUAUACAACUAUCGGAAAGGAAAUGCUCUUGCUAUACUCAAGUAUCAUAGUGCAUUGUGCAAUGCUGUGUCAUUCUCUAGGGACUCUAAGCUGCUCGCAUCUUCAUCAGAAGAUACCACAGUUGCUCUAUGGGAGCUUUAUCCACCUCGAAACACUGACUGAUUCGAAGUAGUGAUCUUCUAAUCAAGUCCGAUCUCCAAGGUGUUCUCUUUGUUAUAACGAAUGUCUUAUAAUAGGUGAUUUAAGUACUACAGACUAGAGUUGCUCAUGAUGAAUUGUUUUUGUUUAUAAAUUAGUUACCCUGCAUUUUGAAAUUAUGUUUUUUUUUUUUCAUGAUAACUAAUUUACUCUUAUGUAAAUGUGAGAAGAGGGAUAAUUUAGAAGAAAAUUACAAAAUAAUACUUUUCAAAAAUGCAUAAAAGGAAAAAGAAUCUCCUUUUUACCAGUUAUUCUAUAUCUUUUUACAAAAGGAAUAAAUUUGAAAAAAAUAAAAAAGAAGCCAGACCAUGAAAGGUAAACAGAUGAGCAUGUGCAAAGAAAUUCACUCAGAUGAUAUACAUUAUACACUACUUAUUGCAGCUGAAAAGAUGUUAGCAUCUAACAUCUUUUUGAUUUAAAGUUAAGAUUUCUCACUGAAAUAUUCAGUUAUCACCCAUGAACAUAUUCUUCAGAUUGCGCUCUAAUCUGGCAACUCUUUCCUUAGCUGCCUCAUCAUUGCUUUGCCCGACAUCACCACAUUCAACUGCGCAUGGCUGGUAACUUCAUUGGCACAUCUCACAACUACGAGGGGUGUUUCUAGAUUGUUAUCGACAACAUUAAGCUAGCUAUGGUACAUGCAUACUAUAGCAUCCUUGCAUAUUUUCUCAAAGUUCUGCAGUAUACGCGUUACUUGGAGUUCUUGAUAAGGUAUGAACGUGCACAUUUAGCUCCUUGCUACAAUUUCAGAUUCAUUCUAGAUUGAACAUACAGAAACAAUUAUAUUUUCCAAGAGCUGAUCAUGGUUACAACACUCCGGU